AUGGGUGAAUUAGAGCCAUGGAUGGACGAACAAUACAUUCAACAACUUUGGUUCAACCUUGGCGAAAAGGUCAUGGUCAAAGUCAUUCGAGACAAACUCACAGGAGCCAGUGCAGGCUAUGCUUUUGUCGAUUUUGGAUGUACGGCCAGUACGCAAAGAGCACUUCAUACUUACAACGGUUCCAUGAUCCCCAACACAAACAAGCAAUUCAAACUGAAUUGGGCUUCCGGUGGUGGACUCAUUGACCGACGGUACGACAGACAACCAGAGUAUUCGAUCUUUGUGGGUGAUCUCAGCUCCAACUGCACUGAAGCCAACCUUUUGGCGGCUUUUCAAGCAUGCUAUCGAUCCUGCAAGUCGGCUAAAAUCAUGACUGACCCACGCACGGGAUUGCCCCGUGGCUACGGCUUUGUACGAUUCAGCGACCAGGCAGAUCAACAACGAGCACUUGUCGAAAUGCAGGGCUUUUUUAUCGGUUCUCGUCCAAUUCGUGUUUCUGUCGCCACCCCGAAAAAUCGAUCUUACAAUGCUAUGCCAUCCAUGAAUGCCAUGGCCGUGUCACCCAACCGUUCGCCUCUUCAGCAACCCAUGUACCACGAUCCUACCAAUACCACGGUCUUUGUCGGUGGGUUAUCGGCGCCUAUCCGAGAAGACGAACUACGACAGUACUUUAGUCCUUUUGGCGAGAUUGUUUACGUAAAGAUUCCACAAGGCAAAGGGUGCGGUUUUGUUCAAUACGUUUCUCGACAAUCCGCAGAAUUGGCGAUCCAACAGAUGAAUGGAUAUCAAAUUGGUAAUUCUCGCAUUCGUUUGUCAUGGGGUCGAUCACAAAAUGAAAAGCCUGUCAUGAUCACUGCGCCGGCUCUGACUUUACCUCGGUAA